CUCCUCUCACAGAACAGGGUCUUCUCAUCGAGCGCAUCGCAUCUCUGGGAAUUUGCUUCAAUUCGUAAAUAAAUCCAAUUUCUUUUUGAUUUUUUUACGUUUGAUUCUCUUUCUAUUUUCAUUUGCUACUUGAACUGGUUUUCAACCCAAACCUCUCUGCUCUCAAGCCGGUCGAUCCUUUCAUUUCCAUUCAUUUUUUUUAAAGAAAAAAAAAUAGAUAUAACUGAAAUAUCCUCAAGGAUCAGCUGGUUUUUGUGAAGAAAUCGUCCGGAGAGUUUCUGACUUUUACGCAGAAAAAGGAUUUUAAAGGCGUUCCUGCCACAUCUUCAAAAGAUUUUGGAAAAAUGUCCAGUGAAAAGCACCUCAGAACUGAGAUGAAACCAUUGAGCUAUGGUCACGAGGACAGCAGCAGCUCCAACAGCAACGAGUACGUGUACCAGGGAAUGAAGGUCCCUCUGGACAGCCAAUACAACGAUGUGGAAGCAGAGAGCCAGAACUUCCUCCCUGAACACAACCUGGGCAAGAAGAAGUAUGAGACUGAAUAUCACCAGGGAAACGCCUCCUUCGGCAUGUCCGUCUUCAACCUGGGCAACGCCAUCAUGGGCAGCGGGAUCCUGGGCCUGUCCUACGCCAUGGCCAACACUGGCAUCGCCCUGUUUGUCAUCCUCCUGGUGGCCGUCGCCAUCUUCUCCCUCUACUCGGUCCACCUGCUGCUGAAAACAGCCAACGAAGGAGGUGCGCUGGUGUACGAACACUUGGGCUACAAGGCCUUCGGGAUACCUGGGAAACUGGCAGCUUCCUGCUCCAUCACCAUGCAGAACAUCGGAGCCAUGUCGAGCUACCUGUACAUCGUGAAAUACGAGCUGCCCAUCGUCAUCCAAGCUUUUACUGGAGCCAGCGACAAAGAGUGGUACGCUAACGGAGACUACCUGGUGCUGCUGGUGUCGGUGGUCAUCAUCCUCCCGCUCUCGCUGCUCAGAAACUUAGGUUACCUUGGUUACACCAGUGGACUGUCCCUGCUCUGCAUGGUGUUUUUCCUCAUCGUGGUGAUCAUCAAGAAGUUCCAGAUCCCGUGCCCUCUGCCCAAUGAGCUGAACGCUCUGAACGAAACGCUCAAAUCCUCAAACGCCUCCUUGCUCGACAGCAACACCACCGCCACGGACUACAGCGACGACACCUGCCGGCCCAAAUAUUUCGUCUUCAACUCACAGACGGUCUACGCCGUCCCCAUCCUGACCUUCGCCUUCGUGUGCCACCCCGCCAUCCUGCCCAUGUACGAGGAGCUCAAAGACCGCUCCCGCAGAAGGAUGCAGGGCGUCGCCAACGUGUCCUUCCUGGCCAUGUUCAUCAUGUACCUGCUGGCUGCUCUCUUCGGAUACCUCACCUUCAACAUCCACGUUGGACCCGAGCUGCUCCACACCUACGCCAGGUACUACAAGUCCGACGUGCUCCUGCUGAUCGUCCGUCUGGCCGUGCUGACCGCCGUCACCCUCACCGUCCCCGUCGUGCUUUUCCCCAUCCGCACCUCGGUCAACCACCUCCUGUGCCCCACCAAGAACUUCAGCUGGGUCCGCCACACUGCCAUCACCGUGGGACUGCUGGCCGGAACCAACGCCAUGGUCAUCCUCGUCCCGACCAUCAAGGAUAUCUUCGGUUUCAUCGGUGCCUCCGCUGCUGCUAUGCUCAUCUUCAUCCUGCCGUCUGCCUUCUACUUAAAACUGGUCAAGAAGGAGCCCAUGCAGUCCAUGCAGAAGCUCGGGGCCGCUGCCUUCCUGGUGUUAGGCUUCCUCGUGAUGAUCGGCUGCAUGAGCCUCAUCAUCGUGGACUGGGUUCACCAAUUCAGCAAUAACAAAAAAAGCGAUGGACACUAAAACUCCCAUCUUUGCUGCUGCAUCCAGCGAGGGAGGAAGAGGAGACGGCUCGAGAUCAAAAACCCACAGAAGAACUAAGAGAAACUCACUCGAUGCUCGACUUUGACUUCCCGAGCAAAUGGACCUUGCCAUUCCAAGAGAAUGUAUUCAAACUUUGUACAGUAUGCUGUUAUAGACCACAAUGAUGGUGUUUGACAUUUUUUUCUCUUUUUAUUCUACAUUUUUUCAUUGUCGUUUUUGAUUGUUUCUACUGUAUGGGCUGUUUUUUUUUUUAUCAUUUGUAGUUACGGUACAGCUGAAAAACAAAUGUUGGUUCGGUGCCUGGUGCGGUCGGCGUGCGCUCAGGUACAUCGUCGUGUGCGUCAGAGUGUGGCCGUGACCUCCUCCAUCUUGCCGAGGGAAUUUCCCGAGAGGCGCCCGACUCAGAGGAGAACAGUUCCGUUCCUUCCGACGUUUUUUUUUUUGUUAUUUUUUAAUUACUUUGCCAAAAAUGUAUUUGUAAAGCAUCUUUGUAUAUUGAAAAAGAAAAAAAGCACUUACCGUUAGCACAUUUGUCAGUUUACGGGCGAGGUUCCUGCGGCGCCACCUGCUCAGUAUUCGUUCCGAGGCCGCGUGGCCUCGCUCGUAGCGUCAGCUAGAAUCAGUCCACAGAACCUGCCUUGUCAAAGCCGACACUGGGAGCCGCCGCUGGGCGUGUGGGGAUGGGGGGGGGUGCUCUCGCACAGGGACACCCCCCUCAAACUGUAUCUCACUCUUGUCUGACCUGCUGAAGUGAAGAUCUCUCAUUGGUACCGCAUGUGCGGCGGCGACACUACUGCUUCGAGCCUCCUGGUUCCGCCUCCGACGGAGGGGGGGGGAAACUUGACAUUUUUUCUUUAUGGGAGAAGACUUUGAAUUUGACCACAUGCAGUGGUUGUAAUAUAACCUGUUACACUUGCAAAUGGAAACAUACGAUACUUUACAACAACAAAAAGAAACUGAGAAGUCAGAUGCGCUUUGAAACACCGACAGCCAGACGAGGAGUGGGGGGUGGGGGGGGGGCUGAGAAAGGCAUCGCAAUACUGUGAGUGUUUCCAACGUACGGUUGUGCAGUUUUGUGCAUUUUGAACUGUUUCACAAACACGAGAGCCGAGAGCCUGUCGUCAGACGGCGCACUGUGCUUCCAACACCUAACACAUUGUUGUCCAUCAACUAUUUAUGGAAGACCGUGAAAUCAAUGUAAUUUAAUCUAUUUUACUAUAUUUAUAUAAUAUUGUAUGUAUAUAUAUACAUAUGUACAUAUAUAUCUAUUGAGUUCGACUGUGUAUAUACGCUUUGUGAUUUGUUUGUUUUUUGUUUUUUUUUUUCACAACGUUGCAUUUGGAGCUGUAUAACAAAUGAGAAGAAAAAAAAAAAGAUCCUCAGUAAGUGAAUCGGUGACACUGAUUUUGCUUGAGCGGUUCUUCUGCGUUCAGACUGGAAAUCAUCUUGGGAGUCUCUUGUUACACGAUACGCUCCCAGGCUCGACUCAACACCCCCCCAACGUCCCCCCGCCCUGAACAAAAACCCGCAUCAGCAAAAACUUUCUGUUCGGUUGGAGAGUACGUCAACCACCUCUUGACCUCAGGAGCAAAGAGGGCUUCUGCCCGCCAGUGUUACACUCUUGUUUCAAUGAAACACUAUGUAUAUCCUGUAAUUAUUGUCAAAUUAAAAUCUGAAAUAACCUA